AGUCGUUCACAAAGAGACCUCGCGUUAAGUCGUGAAAAAUUUUAAGUCGCGCCUCUGAACUUCUUAGUUUUGAGAGCCUUGUAACCUAAUUUAAAUAUUAGGUAGAAAGGUGACAUUUAAGUUUGUGCAGUCGUUACUUGUUUAAAUUUGGAAUAUAUUUAAUCAAGUUUUGGAUUAUUAUAGUUUUUUAUUAUCAAAAAAUUGCAGCAUAAUAAUUGAUAAAUAAAAGAAGAAAAAAAUCACUGUGAAAGUUAAAGAAAAAUUUCUUACGAUUUGGUAAGAGAAAAAAAAAGUUGAAAAAGAAAUUCAAUGGAAGUAGUGAAAAUGUUGUUGUGAGCGUUGGAUAUAUUUCGUUUGGCUCAUGCCAAUGUAUUGCUGCUAAGCAAUAAAAGCAGUAAUAAGUCUUCGCUUGUUUUAUUUGUGAAAGGUUUUUAUUCGAAUCAUUACAAACAAGCGACAAAAUAUAUUAAAUUCGUGAGCGAGAGAGUUAGAGAAGAAAAAGAUCAUAAAAUUGAGCGACUAAGUAAGUGACAGUAAAACAAAGACGAUGUCUGCAAUCAGACAUCGGCCGUUAGGCUCCGGUCCUGGCGGUGAUAGCGACGAAAAUUAUUCAGACGACGAAAGCACACCACUCACCCAUGAUAUUUAUGGUGGCAGUCAACGAACCGUUCAUGAGACAAAAGGAUGGGACGUUUUCAGGGAUCCUCCGAUCAAGAUCGAUUCUGGUUCAAUGGCCAAUCAAGCAUGUAUGGAAAUAACGGCAAAAAUACUCAAAAUAAUCGCUUAUAUUUUAACGUUCGUCUUGGUUCUGUGCGGGGGCGUCGUUGCAAAAGGCUGUGUGCUGUUUAUGUCAGCGCAAUUAAAACACGACAGAAAAGUUCAAUAUUGCAAUAAAGAUUUAGCAAGAGAUAAACAGUUCAUUGCAAUCAUACCAGAAGAAGAGCGUGUAGCUUGGAUGUGGGCGUUGAUUAUUGCGUUUGCUGUGCCUGAAAUUGGAGCACUUAUAAGAUCAGCAAGAAUUUGUUUCUUUAAGUCAUGGAAGCUGCCACAAAAGUCACACUUCUUUUUUGUAUUUUUAAUGGAGAGUUUUCAUGUCAUUGGCCUUGUACUGCUGACAUUCGUUGUUCUUCCAGAAAUCGAUUCAGUGAAAGGUGCAAUGUUAACCAAUUGUCUAUGCUUAGUUCCUGGUUUAUUGGGACUUUUAUCAAGAACAUCAAAAGAAGGAAAACGAGCUGCCAAAGUUCUUGUUGACUUAGCAGCAACAGCAGCUCAAGUGACAGGUUUCGUCGUUUGGCCAUUGCUUGAAGAUCGUCCAGUAUUAUGGCUGAUCCCAGUGUCAGCAAUUAUGGUUUCUUGUGGAUGGUGGGAGAAUUAUGUGUCAUCUCAGUCACCUUUCUCUAUGGUGCGAGCCUUGGGUCGUGUGAAAGAAGAUCUCAAAUACACACGUUACUUCGCUUACAUGUUCUUGUCAAUCUGGAAGAUCUUAAUCUUCGUAUUUACUGUUAUUUUAAUCACUUGGUUUGAUGGCGAUGAUCCAACAAGUAUCUUCACCUUGUUUAGUAAAGGCUUCGGUCCACACAAGAUUAUCGUUGAAGAAGUUUCUGCUGGUUUUGAAAAGUCACUGCCUGAUUUAAUUGACGCUUCACAAAUCGGAGAUUUUGUGCAAAUUGAUGCGUCACACAAUACUGUUAUUCACGUUUUGAUUAUUCAGAUCAUAGCUGCUUAUAUUUGUUACAUUUUUGGAAAGUUCGCGUGCAAGAUCCUCAUUCAAGGCUUUAGUUACGCUUUUCCAGUCAAUCUUACAAUUCCAAUCUCGAUUUCAUUGUUGAUUGCAGCUUGCGGAAUCAGAAAUGGUGAUCCUUGCUUCUAUCAUGGAUCUAUUCCAGAUUAUUUGUUUUUCGAGAGUCCAACAAUCUUCAAUAUAAGCGAUUUGGCAUCAAAACAAAUGGCGUGGGCGUGGUUGCUGUGGCUUUUCUCUCAAGCUUGGAUUUCACUUCAUAUUUGGACACCAAAAUGUGAACGUCUUGCAACAACCGAAAAACUUUUCGUGACUCCAAUGUACAACGCUUUGCUUAUCGAUCAGUCAAUGGCUUUGAAUCGACGUCGUGACGAUCAAGCUGAUGUAAAAACAGAAGAUCUUGCUGAAAUCGAAAAAGAAAAAGGCGAUGAAUAUUAUGAGACAAUUUCUGUUCACACUGACGGAUCAGCAUUGCCGAAGUCAAACAUAAAAUCAUCUGAUCAUAUCACAAGAAUUUAUGCAUGUGCAACAAUGUGGCAUGAAACGAAGGACGAGAUGAUUGAGUUCUUGAAAUCUAUCAUGCGAUUAGAUGAAGAUCAAUGUGCAAGAAGAGUUGCACAGAAAUAUUUAAGAAUUGUCGAUCCUGAUUAUUAUGAGUUUGAAACUCACAUUUUCUUUGAUGACGCUUUUGAAAUCUCCGAUCACAGUGACGACGAUAUUCAAGUUAAUCGUUUCGUCAAACUUCUUGUCAGCACAAUCGAUGAAGCAGCAUCUGAUGUUCAUCAAACAAACAUUCGAUUAAGAGCGCCAAAGAAAUAUCCGGCACCAUAUGGUGGUCGUCUUGUUUGGACACUUCCAGGAAAGACAAAAAUGAUUGCACAUUUAAAAGAUAAAGAUCGAAUUCGUCACAGAAAGAGAUGGUCGCAAGUUAUGUACAUGUACUACUUGCUUGGUCAUCGUUUGAUGGAACUUCCAAUAUCAGUCGAUCGUAAAGAUGUCAUUGCUGAAAACACUUAUUUGUUGACACUUGACGGUGACAUUGAUUUCCAACCGAAUGCUGUGACACUUCUCGUCGAUUUAAUGAAGAAAAAUAAGAAUCUUGGUGCAGCUUGUGGUCGAAUUCAUCCAGUUGGGUCGGGACCAAUGGUGUGGUAUCAGAAGUUUGAAUAUGCGAUUGGUCAUUGGCUUCAAAAAGCGACUGAACAUAUGAUUGGAUGCGUUCUUUGUUCUCCUGGUUGUUUCUCACUCUUCCGUGGUAAAGGCUUGAUGGAUGACAAUGUCAUGCGUAAAUACACGACACGAUCAGAUGAAGCGAGACAUUACGUGCAAUACGAUCAGGGUGAAGAUCGUUGGUUAUGCACACUUCUUUUACAACGUGGCUAUCGUGUUGAAUAUUCAGCGGCGUCUGAUGCUUACACUCAUUGUCCUGAAGGUUUCAAUGAAUUUUACAAUCAACGACGUCGUUGGGUACCGUCAACUAUCGCUAACAUUAUGGAUCUUCUCGGCGAUUACAAACGAACGAUCAAAGUCAACGACAACAUUUCACUUCUUUACAUUUUCUAUCAAAUGCUUUUGAUGGGUGGCACAAUUCUUGGACCUGGAACGAUUUUUCUGAUGUUGGUGGGGGCUUUUGUCGCUGCUUUUAGAAUUGACAAUUGGACUUCAUUUUAUUACAAUAUCAUUCCGAUUUUACUUUUCAUGUUUGUUUGUUUCACUUGUAAAUCAAACAUUCAAUUGUUACUCGCGCAAAUACUUUCGACGAUGUACGCGUUGAUUAUGAUGGCGGUGAUUGUCGGUACGGCUUUACAGUUAGGCGAGGAUGGUAUUGGAUCACCUUCAGCUAUUUUCUUGAUAUCUAUGGUGGGGUCGUUCUUUAUAGCAGCGUGUCUACAUCCUCAAGAGUUUUGGUGUAUCGCUGCUGGAAUCAUUUAUCUUCUCUCAAUCCCAUCUAUGUACUUGUUGUUGAUUUUAUAUUCAAUCAUCAACUUGAAUGUUGUUUCAUGGGGAACACGUGAAGUUGUUGCAAAGAAGACAAAGAAGGAAAUGGACGCUGAAAAGAAAGAAGCAGAAGCUGCUGCUAAGAAUGCGAAACAGAGAUCUUUAUUAGGAUUUUUGCAAGGAAAUGUCGGCUCGAGCAAUGAUGAAGAAGGUUCGAUUGACAUUUCAGUUGCUGGUCUGUUUCGAUGUCUUUUGUGCACUCAUGGGAAGACAAGUGAUGAGAAAGCUCAACUUGUUCACAUUGCUGAUUCAUUGGAUAGUUUGAAAAAGAAGUUGGAGACACUGGAACGUCAUGUCGAUCCACACGCUCAUAUUCAUGCUCAUCAUGGUAGAAGACGAACAGCAUCGACAGGUUCAAAAGAUCAUCAUUUGGGAUCAGUAGCUGAAGCUGGAUCUGAAGGCGAUAGCGAGGAAUCUGAAUCUGAAUCGUCAACGGUGCCACGAGAUGAACGAGAUUUCCUGACAAAUCCUUAUUGGAUUGAAGAUGCAGAUUUGAAGAAAGGCGAAGUUGAUUUCUUAUCAAGUGCUGAGGUCCAAUUUUGGAAGGACAUGAUUGACAAAUAUUUGUUCCCCAUCGAUCAGGAUAAAGCUGAACAGGCACGUAUUGCAAGCGAUUUAAAAGACUUAAGAAACUCGUCAGUGUUUGGUUUCUUCAUGAUAAACGCUCUCUUUGUUCUUAUUGUUUUCUUAUUGCAAUUAAAUAAGGACAAUUUACAUGUUAAAUGGCCAAUCUCUGCACGAAUUAAUGUGACAUAUGACGAGGUCACCCAAGAGGAUCGCAUAGCAAGCGACUUAAUAGAGCUUAGAAACAAGUCAGUGUUCGCCUUCUUCAUGUUCAACGCACUCUUCGUGUUGAUUGUGUUUUUGCUGCAGCUUAAUAAAGACAAACUUCAUAUUUUAUGGCCAUUGGCCCCGCGCAUCAACGUGACCUACGUUGAGGAAACAUCUGAGGUUCACAUCACUAAAGAGUAUCUUCAACUUGAACCCAUAGGUUUGGUGUUUGUGUUCUUUUUCGCUUUGAUUUUAAUUAUUCAGUUCACGGCCAUGUUGUUCCAUCGCUUUGGAACUAUUUCGCAUAUUUUGGCAUCAACUGAACUUAAUCUUACAUGUAGUAAGAAAUCUGAAGAGUUGUCUCAAGACGCAUUGAUUGACAAGCAUGCGGUUGAAAUUGUGAAAAAUCUCCAACGACUGCAGGGUAUCGACGGAGAUUACGAUAAUGAUUCUGGAAGUGGCCCUGAUCGUGUCGCUCGACGUCGAACGAUUCAAAAUCUAGAAAAAGCGCGUCAACCACGUCGUCAAAUUGGUACACUUGACGUGGCAUUUAAAAAGCGUUUCUUAAAACUCACAGCAGCUCAUGAUGAGAACAACGCUGGAACACCAAUCCUGACAAGACGCAUGACAAUGCGAGCUGAAACAAUUCGCGCACUUGAAGUUCGCAAAAACUCAGUGAUGGCAGAAAGAAGAAAGUCACAAAUGCAGACUUUAGGAGCAAACAACGAAUAUGGAAUAACUACAAAUAAUCACUUAAAUAAUAAUCACGCAAUACCAACUCGUCCGGUGCGAAGCUCAAACGCCGGAAUUAACAUUAAAGAGAUUUUCAACACGAAUGGUGGUCAUCCGAUCUAUGGUGCAUCGGGUCAAAUCAAUCAAGGCUACGAGCACGUCGAAGAUGAAGAUGGAAACUCCAUUCGACUCACGCCAAGAAAUCAAGUCUCUUGGAAUAAUAAUCAAACGAAUCAACGACUUUAAGUUUAAGUAAAACUUUUUUUAGAGUUAACUAUUGUGAUCCAUUUGUACAUUAUCAAAGUUUCAAACUUUUCAUUAUACUCUCCAUUGAACUUUUUUACUUUUAUUGGUUCAUUUAUAAGUAACGACAAUGUUAGUCAUUGAAAACUGCCGUCCCGCAAAUACUCGUUAAUUGUUUUUUUAAUGUAAUCAAACACUUGAAUAUGUUUUAAGAUGAAGUCUGAUCCAAUGACCACUGAUUGAUAAAUAUCUAAAUAUACAACUCAGGUUGUUGAAUUUCAAAUUCAUUAAAGUGCAUGGAGACAUUUUUAAGUAUCAUUCGUUCUCAAUGCUCGCUAAAACUCUCAACGGGAGUUAAUGAUGGAUUUGAAAUUCAACAACUUCAAUCUAAAUAAACUGCUUUGAAGAGUGUUGUUAUAACAUUUACUUAAACUGCCUUCGUAACAUCUCCCCAUAGCUGAAUUAUUUUUACUCCUUUUUUUAUUAAUUUUUGUGUAAAUUUUUUCUUUGUAAAUCAUUGAAUAUCUGCCAUCAGAGUAUUUUUUUAUGUCACGACAUUUUCUUCAUGCUAAGAGAGGAAACAAAUGAUGCAAAUAUAUAAGAUUAACAUAAGU